UCGUCAGAUCGUAUGGAAAUUAUGAAAUCGGCCUAGUUUCAUUGGUGCCACGCUGGAGCUCUGGACAAUAACAUGUGAACUCUGAUUCAUGAUCUAUUUUUAACAUUGACCAUGCAGCACAGUUUUUGAACUGACAGUUCUUCCGAUACCAAUAUUUCACCACUUAAGUGACGACCAUGGAGGUGUUAGGCUUGAUUGAUGUUCCAGUGUGGUUUCUGACUACUUUGGUGGUGCUCGUCCUGUCAGUUUGGUACAACUAUGGUUUCUACACCCAUUUCCAAAAGUAUGGCAUUGAGGGUCCAACUCCACUCCCGUUUGUUGGAAAUCUGAUCUCAGCGUUGAGAACGGGAUUCCUUAAAAAUGAAAUCAUCUUGUAUCAGAAGUACAAACACAAACGAUGCUAUGGAUCAUAUUUGCUUGGUUCCACACCAACACUGACCAUCACAGAUAUUGACGUGAUGAAGGAAGUCUUGGUGAAACAGUUCAACAAAUUCGCCAACAGGAGGAUUUUGACUAAGAACCCUGCACCAUUGAAUAAGAUGCUGACGACCCUCGUUGACGACCACUGGAAACAUGUCAGAAGUAUGACGACUCCGGCCUUUACCACUGGCCGGCUCAAGAAUAUGACUGGGCUGAUUAAGAAAGCCGGUGAACAGUUGGCCGUGAACAUUGAGGAAAAAUGUGAAAAAAAUGAAGAAGUGGAUAUUAGGGCUAUGUGUGGUUGUUUCACGAUGGACGUCAUUGCCAGCACUAUGUUUGGAAUAGCAGUGGACUCGCAGAAAGAUCCAAAUGACGAGUUUGUGAAACACGCAAACGAGAUUUUCAAGUUCUCUUUGGGAAAUGCGAAAGUUCUGAUUGCUAUCAUGUUUCCGAAGCUAUCGGAAUUUCUGAAGAAACUUGGAAUUGAGUUGUUCAACUUUGAAACAUUCAAUUUCUUUACUCAAGUUACUAACCAAGCUAUGAAGCAGCGACAAGAGACCCCAGGACAGUUCCAUGAUUUCUUGGACAUUAUGAUCAAGGAUGAAGUGUCAACUGAUCAGGUUGAUCGCAAAACCCAUUAUCCUACUGGUGAGACCAUGGAAUGGAGCAGCAAAGGUAUCCUAAGAGAAGAAAUCCUCGCUCAAGCUGUUAUCUUCUUUCUGGCUGGAUUCGACACAACCGCUAAUACACUCCACUACCUUUGCUACCACUUGGCCAUGGAUCAAGAUGUUCAGAACAAAGUCAUUGAAGAACUGACGGAGGCUAUUGGCGACAGUGACAUCACAUAUGAGAAUGUGAACAAACUGGAGUACCUCGAUAUGUGUAUUCAGGAAGCCCUUAGAAUGUACCCACCGGCCUUCAGGUUUGACCGAACAUGCAGCGAAGAUGUUGUAAUUGAUGGCAUAACUAUCACCAAGGGGACGAGUGUUGGCUUUCCAGCCUAUGCCAUACAUUUUGAUCCGGAAAUCUACCCUGAUCCAACCGAGUUCAAUCCCAUGCGCUACACAGACGAAGAAAAGGCCAAGAGAAAUCCGUACCACUGGAUGCCAUUCGGAAUGGGACCACGUAACUGUCCCGGGAUGAGGCUGGCAUUGCUUGAGAUGAAAAUAGCUGCUGCAGCGAUUAUGAAGAAGUGCAAGUUUGCUCGCACACCAAGCACACCAGCUCACGAGGACCUGGAGUAUCAAAUGGGAACGGUACGACCAAAGAAACCAAUCAUGUUGAAAGUGGAACUAAGAGAUUAAGAAACGUGCCAUGACAGCGCACGUGGACAGCGUACGCGUCGUAUUGAUACGUUCGCUUGCGGAUAUGAACAUUAUCAACACAUUAUCAAUAUAUUAUCAAGAAAAGAACGAUGAGUGGUAAACCAUCACUAUAAGUCACUAUGAACAGAGGGUUCUCAUAGCCACCACUAUUUUGCAAGGUUUAGGGCCGCGAUUCACAAUAAUAAGUAGUUGAAUUUACGAGUGUAUGAUACAUAACUGCAGUAUAAUAAGUAGUUGAAUUUACGAGUGUAUGAUACAUGACUAACAUAAUUAGAAACGACCCUUAGCCCCUCUUUUUAUCAUACAGUCAUGUAGUUGUAUCUAUGUGCGACGAAACAUAACUUUAUGAUUCACUUACAGAACAAUGUGACUUUUGCAAUAAAUGUAGUACUAUAAGAA